UGAAUGGUUAAAUGUGCAGCAAACAAAAGCAGUUUUCAUGUGUUCUGUGUUAAAUUUACAUUCCCAAGAUUGUGAUGGAUGAAGAAGAGUGUCCGUUCCUGUCGGGGUUUCUCACGGUGAAAUCGCAAAGUGGAUUUUCCUGGCGGGUCGCCAAAAAGCUAAAGUACUGCCAACUGUUUAAAGCAAGCCGCCAUGGAAUUGAAAGACUUGAGAUAAGCGAUACCGAGCACGACAAAACGCCUCGCAUCGUAACUCUGAAAAAUUGUGUCAAAAUAGUGCUGGACCAGCCGCCACAGAAUACAAUUAACAUAAUUUCGGUAACUGGUCAAAUCCAGCUUUACUCGCCCGACGAAUCGGUGGCUCGUCAGUGGACCAACGCCCUGCAGAUUGUUGCAUUCCAGGACAAUUCUAAUCAAACGCCACCCCCGCCACGGCUAAAUACGAUCGAGGAGGAUAAUGAUCUGUACUGUUUAUCUUACAGUGAAGGAAUCUACACCGUAACACUGAUACCAACUGAUGCUUCGAUAAAGAAUGGCAUCGAACCGAAAAUGUACACGCUGGAGCUGGGGCAGAUGGAGAUGCGGUUGAAAAGCUACGAGGAUGAGAGCCUAACCGUGGCCGUGUGGCCGUAUCGUUACAUUCGCAAGUAUGGCUACCGAGAGGGCAAGUUUACCUUCGAGGCUGGCCGGAAGUGCAACACGGGCGAAGGAACGUUCAAGUUAGACAACGCCAAUCCGCAGGAUAUUUUCCGCUGCAUGCUGACCAAGAUGAAGUCGAUGAAAAAGAAUCUCUCUCUGGCCGAGCUCGGAACGCACUCGUUAAGCAGUCAACUGUGCGCUGCACUAGCCCUGGAACCCGGGUCCAGAAGUCCCUUGCCCGGGAUACAUUGUGAUGACAACGUGACUGCGCACCUCUCGUCGAUCGAUCUUCUUCCCGCAUUUAAUGAUGUCUCGGCACACAGUACGGUGACGCAGUUAAAAAGUAUCCCUGCAAAGCCGCCUCGCAAGCAAGGUUCACCUGCAUUACCCGAGCCCGAUCCAAAGCAUUCCAAUGUUUCUACUGUGUUUAUCAAGAACAACGGCCACAGUGGGCAGUGCAGUACCGACCAGAUGGAACUGAAUCGGACAAUAUUCGUCCAAAAUAACGGGAAAGCUAACGAGCAGCACGGUGGGUGUAAAAACAAAGAGGUGGACUACGAGUGCGUCAAAGAUAUAACCGACGCGUGGAAACUGUACGGUUUAGACGAUGUCAAACACACGGAAAUAUUACACGGAACCGAGACUGAAGCCGAGAGCUGCUCGUCGAGAGGACUUCUAUCCCUGCAUAACAGUGAAAACCACGUUCGGCUGGAGUAUGAUCGGUUGGAUUUUUUCCGCACUUCCACGCGCCAUACGUCCGACUACAAAACGGUUGUCCCUAUUGGGCUUUCUUCGGAUCGCAAUAUGAAUGUUGCGGGCGCGAAGACACGACCACCCCCUUCGGAUGAUUAUGAAAUUAUUGGAGAACCUGGUACGAUAGGAACACUAAGUCCAACGCAAACACAACAAUCUCACCAGCACCACAGCCACCAGUCUUCGUCGAUCGGUUACAGCGUAUCGGGUAGCAUCGCAUCGGUACGCCGUAGCCAGGAGAGUGACUUUGACUUAUCAGUAUUUAACGAACAUCCCGAUGAUCAGCGAAAUAUUUCUGCCACCAUCAAUUAUGCUACCAUAAGUAAACCGAAGCGUGUGUAAGCCUCGAUCUGCUCGACAAAUACUCGAAACUUGCAUAAUGUCCCAGAGUUAGUGCUUUAUUAGUAUGGUCUAACCGGUCGAUAAACUGUUGAAUUGAAUGGAUGGACCUGUUUUUUUAAUCAUAAAAAUAAUUGUUCAAGUAUUUGUGAGUCCUAUACGAACGAUC